AUGGGACUUUCUAAAGGCAUUGCAGCCGCAGUCGCCUUGCUUCAACUAGUGGCUCUAGUGUUCCUCAUCCUCGCUACCCUUUCCGUGCCAGUUGCGCAGACAUUUUAUUUGGGAAAGGCUGGGGACUUUAAAUAUGGUGUUUUCGGAUAUUGCGAUCUGGACAAGGGAUGUCUGAGUGCAACUUUCCCCUGGGUACCAUCUAGUGUCGAUGACAGUGUAACUAAUUGGUCAAUGUCCACCUCUGCACGAGACUCAUUGGCUAAAAUCUUGAUCAUUGCCCCCAUUGCUGCUGGUAUAUGCUUGAUUGCAUUUGGUUUGUCAAUUGGUGCUAUGUUUGGCCUGCACACAGUGGCAAUCAUUGCAAUUGUUGCUACAGUAUUGGGCUUCCUUACGUCUACCAUUGUCUGUAUUGUAACAAUUUUAUUAUUCAAUCCCAAUGUUGGAUGGACCGGGUGGAUCUUGGUUGGUUCAGCUGCCGCCAUGUUGAUUUCCAUCCCAUUGUUGGUACUUGGUAUUAAGUUUGGUGAAUAUGAUGGACUCAACGAUUCAUCUUCCACAUUAAACGAUGGCUUUGACAACUAUGCUGGUGUUGGAAGGAGUGGAAACGAUUUGACUACCUUUGAGGAAAACAAAUUUGGCUAUUUACCUCCUACAACUACUGCAAAGUACAAUGAAUCUGAAUCGUCGAAUUCUUCUUACAGGCCAUUGAACAACAACAACUUCAACAACAACAGUGGCCAAGCCAACUCCAACAACAGGUUUAAUCCUAAUGAUACUGUAAAUUCAAACAACUCGAUAUACAAUUCUAAUCCUCAAAGGGCAUACGAUUUCACUAAUCCAAAUGCAAACAAACAUUCCGAAGUUUCUGGUGGUGCAGGCGCUACUGGGUCUAGUGGCAGCUAUUUCAAUGACGAUGGAGUCAGUAUUGUAGAUGGACCUAACAUUCCAGUUAGUGCUCAUCGAAACAUGGCUCCACAGGUAAUUGCGGCAACUCCAACUAUUCAGAAUAACCUGAGAGCAGGAGCCAUCGCUGAUGUCCCAUAUCCCGUUUCCACUUUUGGAGGAAACACUCCAGACACAAGAAGACUUCCAUACAAUCCCACGGUGUUCGAACAUCAUCCUGAAGUCGAGGGUCAUAAACCAUUUACCGAGAUGGAUGAAAGUGACUCUCAAAUACACCAUAAUCAAGACAUUUUGGACUCUGAUAAUGAAUCAGAUUUCACUUCAGUGAGUCAAAGAGCUCCAAAUCCACAAUAUUACGGCGCUCCACCACCCCCACCACCACAUCAACAACAGUAUUCGGGCCAGCAAUAUAACCAGUUCCAAAAUUCUCCACAAGCACCUCCACCUCCACCUGGAAAUCACUACAUUCAGCACUCUAAUCAACAAGUACCAAUGCAGCAGCCUAUGCAGCACCCAAUGCAGCAACCAAUGCAACAACCAAUGCAACAACCAAUGCAACAACCAAUACAACAGCAAAUGCUUCAACCUGUUCAACAACAACCAUUCUUCAACCAAUCUAGAGGGCCAACCAUUUCAGACAAUGCCUUAAGUAAUAAUCCUGACUUUGCUGUUGGUGGAUCUGCUGGGUUUGCCAAGAAACCUUUGAGACUGCCAAUGGGCCCUUCUCUCUCACAAUCUCCAUAUAGCCUUGCUAGAACUCAACGCCCUGGACAAGGGAACCCCCCAGCAGGAGCAAGACAAAACAUACCGCGUGGCGAUGGACCAUACGGAUUUAGGUAG